CCGAAGCUCACCAGCCAUGGGCUCUCUGGAGGACAUCGUUGGCCAGCUCAUCGAGCUCGCCAGCUCCAACUCUGCCAUCAAUAUCACAUCCGCCCCCAACAACAACGGCACGGCGGCACGCCAGCCCUCCACCGGCUUCCCCUCCAGCUUUUCCGACAUCUCUUCGAUUGCCACCUUCCUCCUAUCGUUGGGCGCCCUCCGCAACUGGGGACUGUUGCUCCUGCUCGGCAGCCUCCUCGAGAGCACCCGCCAAGGCCUAUCAUCGCUGUGGAAGGUCAUCGCCGACUCGUUCUUCCUCACCGCGCGGUUCCAUGAAGACGAUAGCAGCUUUGAUUGGAUGAUGCUCUGGUUAUCCAAGCAGCCAUCGAUCCACAAAGCCAGGGACGUCGAGAUCAGCACCAGGUCCCACUCCUCGUCCUACGACGACGACGACAAGAAACACGUGCGCAUUCCCUCGAUGUCCGAGACCUACACGCUCUGGUACAGGCGCCGCUGGAUCCGGGUGACGCGCGAGCUGAAGGAGGGCAACUGGCGCAACCCCGAGGAGAUCCUUGUCCUUAAGAUCUUCACGUGGAACCAGAGCAUCAUUGACGAUAUCGUGCUGGAGGCGAAGAAGCUGUAUAAUACGGAGCGCGAGGACAAGGUCGAGAUAUACGUGUCCAACUCAAACUGCUGCGACUGGAGGUCGAGCUGCACCCUCGCAAAGCGCCCUCCUCAGUCGAUCAUCCUCGAGCCGGGUGUGCAGGACCUGGUUCUGGGGGACGCGAGGGACUUUAUGAACAGCAAGUCUUGGUACGCUGAGCGCGGUAUUCCGUUCAGGCGCGGGUAUCUUUUGUAUGGCGCACCCGGUGCUGGCAAGACUUCCCUUAUCCACAGCAUCGCCGGGGAACUCAACUUGGACGUCUACAUCCUC